GUACGGGCGGUCUUUGGCCCGCCACAGUGGCUCGAUUUGUGGUACUAUGUGUGGUACGAUUUACUAGCCAAUCCGCCAUCUUGUCUUUGUGUUCUGAUCAUCGCGUAGUACUAUGCCCUACGAGUAGCUGCGGAGUGCUACGUCUAGUCCGUCUGUGAUCCCAGCUCUCCGUAUCGCAACUGAGGGUGGGCUAUAAGGAUCUUGUGCAGCACAGGAAUAAAAUCGCCGUUUCACCUGUUCGGCCUUGUUGCAUCGUUCCUGGCUUGUGCAGCUCGUUCUUUGUGCUCGGAUCUCGUGGCUUAGUCGUAGUGCUAGACAAAGUGGAGUACGAGAAGCCCCCUCCGAGCAUCAGCCAGAGGGAGGAAUCAGUUCGUAUGCGGGGUUAGUGCUGAUUGGUUCGGUCGGUGUUCAGUGGCGUUUUCGAGUGUGAUGCAGCACCAACUAUAGUGAUGAUGAUGGCGUGCCUGGUGCAGCUCAAGCAGGACAUUCAGACGCUGCAGGCGUCUUUCCCAAAAAAUCACGAAGUGUUCCAGGUGGUAGCCGCGUCCGUCGACGAACUAACCUGCCGAUUUGUUGGCCGCAACUCGAAGAAAUAUGAGAUCCACGCCAAUAUCACGGAAACGUAUCCCCAAACGCCGCCGGUAUGGUUCAGCGAUACCGAAGAACCUGCUAUUACCAACAUCGUCCAAAUGCUGACAAACACGUCAGGAAAGGACAACCACAUACUUGCACAGGUCCGGGUUCUAGUACGAGAGUUGUGCAAGUUGCACUCAUUUUCGGAGCCGCUCGAGCUGGAGAAAAUGGAACAAGCGUCAUCGUCGAUCCUGCUAUCACCGCCCCCUUCGGCGCCGUCGGAUGCACCGUCGGACGACGAGGAAGAUCUCGAAGAUAUGGAUAUGCACAUCGAAAUGGAAGAAGAAAGCGUUGCUGACAAAAGCAAAGAUGAAGUUGCUGGCCUAUCUGUUGAGCACGUGGUGACACUGGAGCGUCUGAGACAGAAUCAGCGCAAGGACUACUUGAAGGGCUCAGUAUCGGGAUCCGUUCAAGCGACUGACCGACUUAUGAAGGAGCUCAAGGAGGUGUACCGCAGCGAGAGCUAUAAACGCGGCGUGUUCGCCGUUGAGCUUGUCAACGACUCGCUCUACGAAUGGAACGUCAAGCUCUUCCGGGUGGACCCAGACUCGCCGCUGCACGCCGACAUGAACAUACUCAGGGAAAAGGAGGGGAAGGAUCAUAUUUUACUCAACAUGCUCUUCAAAGACAAUUAUCCGUUUGAGCCUCCAUUCAUUCGGGUGGUAGCGCCGGCUAUAUCGGGCGGUUAUGUCCUCGGAGGCGGGGCUAUUUGUAUGGAGCUUUUAACGAAACAGGGCUGGAGCUCUGCGUACACAGUAGAAGCAAUUAUUCUACAAAUUGCGGCUACAUUGGUUAAAGGCAAAGCACGGAUUCAAUUCGGAGGAAACAAAGGCCAGUACUCUCUUGCUAGGGCGCAACAGAGUUUCAAAAGUCUCGUCCAAAUACAUGAAAAGAACGGCUGGUUCACGCCGCCCAAGGAGGAUGGUUAAUACUGGCUGUUACUUUUUUAAUUGUCCUCUACGGCGGACUAGGGUUCAAGAUCGAAGUCAUUGUUUUGGACAACGAUAAUUUUCCCUUGAUGAUCAAAAUACCCCAGCCCGCCGUGGGGGACUAGAAAAAUCCUGCAAAUAGAUAUGUAACGAAAAAAACAAAUACAACAACAAAAAACGACAUUAACGACAACAACAACAACACCUACCACAACAAAUGUGUGCAUGUGAAUUACCAUAUUAUUAUUAUUAAUUAUCAUUAUGUACUGUAGCAAUGAAUAUGAUUGACGAAUAUGGAUAUUAUAUAUAGAUAGCUGGAUAACUAUUAACGUGUGGUGUAUAAUGAUGAUGAUGACGACAACGACGAUGAUGAUGCUAGACAGGGGAAAGGGAAAAGAGAAAUAGAGAGGGGAUUAACGGUAUGACGUUUGAUGUAUAACACGAUCCCGUUAAUACACUAUUAUUAUUGCAGUAGGUCAUUAUGCUAAUGUAGGAACUAUGAUAACGGAAUAAAGCGUGUCUCUACUGCUGACGACGUUAACUGUGAUCUGGUGAACUUACCACACCCAUGGCGCCCUACAUAGCUACCCAUCCACGGCAUCUUCCCCAUGUUCUUGCAAUAACAGUAAUACGAAUUUCAUGACAGCAAGAAUAAGAACGGUCUUUCUAAAUAAUCGACGAAUUUCUCCUUCAUCAACGAGUUUUCUUCUUUGUUUUAGUCUCAGAACUGCUCCUGCUUUCCCGAAAUUCUUCCUACUCCGCAUUCCCCUUAUUUUUCAUUUCGGCCCUUAAACGACGUCGGGGUGAACAGAUCAGGGCGCCACAAGUAGAGAGGCCAAUAAGAUGGUCGAUUCAUUCCAAAACCACUUAUAAUGAUAAUGAAUAAUUGAUUCAGCUAAUCAUAAUUGAUGAUGGAAACAUGUGAGCGCGUUUUGGGGAGCAGCUAAUUUCCAUGAUGGCCGGCAAAUCAGUGGGAAUGUGAUGUGUGAAAAAGGGAAAGUAGAAGAAAGAAUUUUCGGGCAGGCGCACAGCUAUUGGUCUCCAACGUGUAUGGAAGCUGACAAACGACAAAGGCUAACAGGACAAAA